AACCAAAUCAUUUUCCAUUCAGCUACAGACCGAAAAGGAUUCGCGAAUAGUGUAGCGAACGCGUUAGUUCUAUGAAGUAUUCAAGUAUACUUUUCAACUGAGUGAUAUUAAAUGCUUUAUAGCUGUUUGUAAAGUGUUACCUUUCGAAUAACGUUCUUGUAGACAUUUUAUUUAAGCUAAAAUGUGUGAAUAUCAAGAGAAAAUUGAAGAAAAUGACCAAAAAAUAAACUCAUGUACUCUAAACGAAAAAUUAAAAAAUGGCACGGAGAUACUGAAAAAUGGUCGGCCAUCCAUACCAGCCUCUCGACCAAUUGUGUUGACAUUCGAAGAAGCACUAGCACUUACCAAGUUUGGAAAGUUCAAUUACUAUUUGAUUUUCGUAUGCGGUGCCAUAUUAACAACGGUUUUGUUGGAAACAUUGGGCAUAAGUUUCGUACUACCGGUGUCCGAAUGUGACAUGGAACUGACAACGCAAGAUAAAGGAAUUCUGAGUGCUAUUGGGUUCGGAGGAAUUAUCACCAGUUCACACUUGUGGGGAUUUCUGGCUGAUACGACUGGACGCAAAAAAGUUAUAUUGCCGACGCUGUUGUUAUCUUUUACUUUUACAGUACUGUCCAGUCUGACCCAAAAUUUCUGGACUCUUGUCGUGCUGAGAUAUUUGAAUGGAUUUUUCGUAUCUGGUCCAUCAGCCACAAUUUACGCAUACCUGGGAGAAUUUCAUACAGUUAAACAUCGGUCAAGAGCUAUAAUGUAUGCCUCUGUGAUAUUCGGCUUAACCUGUAUUUCAUUGCCCUUGAUGGCAUGGCUCGUAAUCAAUCAACAAUGGCAGUUUUAUAUACCCGUAAUUGAUGUAGUCUUCAAGCCGUGGCGACUAUUUUUGAUCGUUUGUGGACUACCCAGUUUCAUAUGUGCGUUGGCUUUAAUCAAAGUUCCUGAAAGUCCUAGAUUUCAUCUAGCCCAAGGCAGACAGUUGGACACGAUUGAAACGUUACAGUUCAUGCAUCGGAUGAACAAUGGCAAAAAUGUCGAGAGACUGCACAUUGAUAGAAUUGUCGAAGAUGUUGAUGUUGUGACGACACCAAAAAUUGACUUCAAUGAAGAGACUAGUAAAAUUGGAAGAAUUUUACAUUCAAUGAAAGUACAAACACUUCCAUUGUUUAUGGUGCCUCACUUGAAGAAAACAUUGAUCGCUUGUGCUAUUCAAUUUGGCAUAUUUGCAUCGUCGAAUGGGAUGUACAUGUUUUUCCCAUUGAUACUAAAUAGAAUGGCAAAUUUUUCGGAAGAAAAUCCUCAAUCGCGGGCAACUAUUUGCGAAAUUCUAUCAGCCACUAAAAUCAACUUUACAGAAGCAGUGUCUAGAAACGAAACGCUUGAUUGCACAAGCGAACUUGAUGUAUCUGCAUAUGAACACACCCUUGCGUUGGAACUGUUUUAUGCAAUAGGAUUUGCCUUGAUUGGUUUGAUAAUCAAUCGAUUGGGAAAAUUACCAAUUUUGUUUUUCAUAUUGGUUGGAUGUGGUGUGAGUGCUUUGGUUACAUUAUUCAUCGAUAUACCGAUACUAGCCAUCUAUUUGUAUCUAAUUUUAUUGCUUUGUGGAUUGGGCGUGACGGUGGUAAAUGCAGCUACUGUCGAUUUAUUUCCAACCAAUUUAAGAGCAAUGGCUGUGUGUAUAUCGCUGAUGAUGGGACGUCUCGGUAGUGUUGUUGGUGCAAACAUUGUCGGACUACUACUCGAUAAUUAUUGUGAAGUUGCUUUUACCUUAUCGGGAUCAUCGUUAAUAUUUUCCGGCAUAUUGGCAUUCUUCAUACCGAAUGUCCGAAAUAGAACGAAAGAACCGGAAACUGUCAAUGUUUCGAUGGCUCAUCGUCCAAGUGUAACAUCGAUCGGUCGAUAGAUUUCAUGCGAACAGAUUACCUCUUUUCAACCGGAACUGUAUAUCGUAAACUACUCUUAUUCCAAGUCUGAUAGUUAUAUGGUGCGGAUUGACAGAUGGUGCCACCAAUUGACCGAAGCGCGAAGCAUGUCUCAAUAAGUUUUAUUUUCUAAAUAUUUAUCUUCUGACUGAAUGUAAAUUUUGUGAAGGGAGCGGAGCGUUCAUGAAUGACGUCAGCAUUUGGGGAAGCAAGUCUAUGCAAAUGGACCCUUCAGACUUAUUUGUAUGCAAAAUUGAAGACAAUAGGAAGGACCUGCGCGAAUAAAGCGAAAAAAUGCAAACGUCAUUCAUGGACGCUCCCGAAGCCCCUUAGUGUAUCGCGUCUUAUAUUUAUUUAAAUUAAUCGAAUAAUUUACCAUCUACAAUUUUCGUCUUCUUUCUUGAA